UUCCAUUUUCCUCAGCCGUGUUUUUUGUCUCUCAAUUCUCGUUCUGCGAUCUAAACGAUCUUCCUUAAAUUCCAAGUAAUUAUGUCGGAACGAAAGGCGGAACCUUGUAGCCCUGAAAUAGGCAACACCGAAGAAAUUAGCUCUGAUGUGAAGGCUUUGCUGCGGUGGACAAGUUUUGAAGAGGUGGAGAAUAUUAUUGGUCCCUAUGUUUCUCAAGCGAUUCACAAGGCAGUAAAUGGUGGUUAUAAAAGUGCACAAGAAGUAUAUGAUGAUUACAAAAUCUUCACUCAUGCUCUUAUUCAAUUGGUAAAGGGACAGGAUAAGCCUGAGAUUGGACACUAUGCUGAUGAGUAUUUCCUUCACGCAGCACUGUUGGAAAAGAAAAAGAUGCUUCAGUGGUUUUCGAACAUGUUAUCUGAUGAAUCACUUGGAAAGGUCGACAGAGAUUGGAUCAACGAUCAACUGGUGGAGGACAAAAAUUCUGAACAUUUUUGUUUGGACGACAUACAGUUUAAUACUUACUGGGAUGGGAAGUUGAAAAUGGUGGACGAAGAUGUUAAGAGCGACUUAAGAAGACAAAAGGAAGAAAAGCUUUGUGGGAUUAUUUACCACGAAGAGAAUGAAUUCCAGGCUGAUGACCUAUCUGAAAGAAAGAAAGAGUUCAAGGAGCUCAAAGGGCAUAUCUCUUUCACGUUUAGUAAACUGGAGUCACUAGCCAAACGUAGCUCUGCUUAUCAUCGGACAUUGUGGCAAGUGAAGCAUGCGAUGUCAAUCUCAGUUCUGUUAACGGCAUUCCAGUCACUCCUACAUGUGGAUGAGAAGGAUCUUUCAAGUAUGUGGUCGAAGGAAACGUUACGGUGGAUCGACGCAGUUGCGCCUUGUCAGAUUUUUCCUUUAUAAAAGUGGCCUCUUCUGGGCUUGUUGGUUAAAAGUGUGGAUGUGCUUUAUCACUAGGCCUCAACUUUAUAAGCUCUUCCGACUUUAAACCUUUAAACAUAUGUACGCCUUUGUUGGAACAUAGACUUGAUUUCUGAUUUCUGCAACUCAGUACUUUAUAAGUACAUUUGAGUAUUUUAUUAUCAACUGUUCCCUGCAUAGGUCUGACUAGCGAGUUUUUUGGUUGCAUCUAGGGUUAUACAUGGCUCCACCAUCACUUCAGGUCUUAAAUGGUUAAUAUUUCCACCA